AUGUCUUCCUUUUCAAGGGCUACCUUCAAGAGUCUUAACUAUAACUCUUUUCGUCCACAAUAUCAACCGUCGUUUUAUCAUUUGAUAAGUCAGUAUGUUUGUAAAAACGAUACAUCAAAGUUGCCCAUUGACGUUGCAAUUGACUUAGGAUGUGGUACUGGUAUUGCGUCGUUUCCACUUCUUAAUUUUACGAAUAAGGUGAUUGGACUAGACCUUUCGCCGAAAAUGAUAGAAACUGCUAAUUCAUUGAUUAAAGAACGAUGUGAUAGUAUGAAGAUUCAAGAUUAUAAUAGAAUUGGAUUUUUAACAGGCUCGGUGGAAGAUUUUCUUUAUCAACAAAAUGGUGAUAGAUUGAUUAGUGAAAAUAGCGUCGACUUGAUAUCUGCAGCUCAGUGUAUUCACUGGUUCAAGGACUACAAGUCUUUUUUUCAAAAUUGUUACACACUAUUGAAACCUGGAGGCACUUUAGGGUAUUGGUAUUACAUCGAUCCAGUUAUACUGGAUUUUAGAGGACCAUCGAAGGAUAUAUCUAAAGAAGAAGCUACAAAAACGGCAUCCGAAAUUUACUUUAAGUAUGUUUAUGAUGACCCAGCGUUUUUGGGGUCUCAUUGGGAACAGCCUGGCAGAAGUGUUUUGAAGGAUCACUUAAAAGAGGUUAACAAGUGCAUUCCAUAUGAUUUGUAUGAUAAUGUCACAAUAAGGAAUUUUGCUUAUGAUCCAAAAAAGUCCCCGCAGCCUACUCUGGAGGACUUGGAUCUCAGCAGAUACAAUAUUCAACUUAGUGACUAUGUAGACUACUUACGAACUUACAGCUCUUUCAGUACUUUUAAGGCUGCGACAGGUGACAAAGAAGACAUAUAUGGUCAGCUUUUGAAAGAUUUUGAACACCGCUUGGGAUGGACCAACGAGACGAAGAUUGAUCUAGUCUGGAACACUGGCUAUACUUUGUUAACUAAAAAAUAUAGAUAA